AGAUGAUAGAAGGAGGAAGGAACAGGGAGCUUCAGUGCCAGUGAAGAACAGAACUAUCACAUCCAAGAUACCACCACGCUUUGCCAAAAAGCAGGGAACCAUGAGCAUUGAACAACCUGAGGAAUCUCUUUCUUCCAACAACCUGGGAACUGAAAUCUGGGAGACCAACAGUUCAGCUCUUUCAGUACAGUCUUCAGGGGGAGACUCGUGGACUAAACAAGUGUCUUACACUGGGAGCGAGCCCAACUCUGAGGACUCUGAUGCUGGUCCAGAGCAGAGUAAAGAACAGCACAAACCAGGGCCCAUCGGAAAUGAACGCUCCCUAAAGCACCGUAAGGGCUCAGAAGGUGUUGAUAGGCUGGAAGGUGGCCCCAUCACACCAGUCAAUGGUGUGGACCUCCAUGUGGAUGCUGUGCUGCCUGUGCCUCCUAUUGAGUUUGGUGUCAGUGCCAAAGACUCUGAUUUCAGCCUACCACCGGGCUCUACCCCCGUGCCGGUGUCCAAUCCUGUCAACAAGCUUCAAGACGCACUUACCACCAAUACUGCUCUCAACCAGAGUAUCCCCAUGCUGCGUUCCAACCAUCUGCAGCCUGGUAUUAACCUCAACCCCAUCUCCUUCCCCAGUGCUGACCUCACUCUCAAGAUGGAAUCGGCUCGCAAGGCGUGGGAAAACUCCCAGUCCCUCCCCGAGCAGGGCUCUCCUGGCGGAGGUGCUUCAGGUGCUCAGCCUCCCUGCAGUGUUGGCUCAUCCAGUGGCGUCAGCUACAGUUCUUUUGGAGGGGUUUCCAUGCCUCCAAUGCCUGUGGCUUCAGUAGCACCUUCUAUGUCCAUGCAAGGUAAUCAUAUUCCCCCAUUGUAUCUGGAUGGCCAUGUCUUUCCUAGCCAGCCACGCCUCGUACCCCCCACGAUGACCCAGCAGCAGACCUACCAACAGAUCUGUUCAUCCAUACAGGCGGCUGCUGCCCAGCAGAUUCCCAUCUCUUUGCACACGUCUCUUCAGGCUCAGGCUCAGUUGGGACUUCGGGGAGGUCUACCCGUCUCCCAGUCCCAAGAGAUGUUCAACUCUAUUCCUCCCUUCAGGUCCCAGGUUUACAUGCACCCCAACCUCUCACAGGGUAGCCCCAUGGUGCUGUCGGGUGGAGCCCCUCUUAAGGGGCCUUACUCUGCUUUCCCUGGCAUGCAGCCCUCAGACAUGGUCAAGCAACAGUCAGGCUCCCACUAUCAGCCUAUGAAUGGCAGCCAGCAGCUUGUCUAUGACAACCAGAUGAACCAGGGGCCUGGUAUGGGUUCAUCCCAGUUAAUUGACUCUCAGCUCAUCCAGGUGACCAUGCCCCUCCCUGGCUCUCAGCUGCGCUAUGGUUCAGCUCAGCAACAUCUCAUCCUCCCGCAGUCCAUCCAGUUGCAGCAGGGACAGAACUUGUCAGUCGGUGCCCCCCGUCGAAUGCUGCCACCUGGCUCCCAGGCUGCUGUCAUGACUGGCAGCCGAGAGGGCUCACAGAUGGAAAUGAAAGGCUUCCAGUUCUCUGACAAGCCCAAUCAUUCCCCAGGCCUAUCUGGAGGGUCCUACAGGCCCGGGUCUGCCAGCCCUAGUGGGAAGCCCUCUGGUCCUGGGGGGCCCGUAGGCCCUCUGCCUACACAUUUUACUCAACAGGUCCCACCUGCUCAGGGUAGCAUGGUGAUGCACAUGCGGCCCCCCACCACAGGCCCUUUCCCCAAUCCCAUCCAGAGACCAGUCAUGCAGGUCAACAAGCCUGUCAUCAUCCGCUCCCCCCCUUACCCCAAUCCUGGUCGUGACCCUCCCCACUCCACCCACUCCACCCCUCCCUCUGCCCCCGAGCCCCCUGUCAAAGGGCCAGAGGCUGGCAUGAAGAAUAAAACCAUGCGAGAAGUGCGCAAGGCAGUGGGCGAGGGCAAGACACCAUCUGGGGGCAUGACCAGCAAACUCCAGGAGCCCCUACCCUCCACAGGGCAAGCCAAACCAGCACGCACUGGAGCCAUCAAACCCCAGGCUGUCAAUGUAGAGGAGGGCAAGGCAUAGCAAUGGACCUUAAAAUCCUCAUCACCACCCAGCCUGCCAACACAAGCCCCUUGACCAAUGUCUGAGCCUUCUAAGAGCCACCUUAUCGCAAGGCACCAAGGCAAGGGGCAUACAUCCAGACAUCAUAAUGAAUUACUCCUCUUGAACUGUCAGAACUGGACAUUAUUAUUUCACAACACGUAUAGAGAUAUAUAAAUAUAUAUAAAUAUAUACAUAGACACAAACAGUCUUUUAAGCAGAUCUCUUCAAGGUCCUCUUUAAUUUAUUAUUAGUCACUUUUAAGGGGAGAUUGGUAAAGAGAAAAGAUAUUUGUUUUUUCUUUUUUUUUUCUUUUUGUGUAUCUCUCCAAGGUGGGGAAAAUUUAAAGUGGCCAACUCAGACAGAUGGUUCAUUUUUCAUACCAUUUUGCCAAACUGUAUUUACUCCGUUUAUGGACUGUAGCCCUCAAGACCAAGCAGGCGCUCGAUAUAACUCACUAUGAGAAGCGAGGUCUGUUAAUUAUAUUUUUUUUUUUUUUAAACAAAUUUGAAAAGCAGUGGGGCACUUUUUUGUCAUACUUCAUUGGCAUUUUUGCUGGUACAUAAAAUGUUCAAGUCAUCAUCACCCGUUCCUCCUCUUGGUAAAGGACUUCUUUUAUUAAUCGAGAAAAAAAAAUCUCAGUUUUUGUGGACUCCAUUGCAUGUCAACAUGGUCGAAAGUCAAGUGCAUCACCCUAGAAAUGCAUCUUCUGGGGUACUUCACCCAGCCCAUGAACUGUAGUGUAAACUGCUUAGAUUGGUAGAAAUGAUUUCUUUUCUUAAAAACUCUGUUGUUUGCUUUUACAUUCUGUCACUCGCUUUCUUCUGUAUGUAAAUUGAAACAAACGUGGACAUUUUACCAAAAUCAUGUUGCUUCCAUGGGAACUUCACUGGCGUUGAUACAGCGUGUGCAUGUUGAUCUGCUGAACGUGUGUAAACCUGCAGGACUCCUGCCUAGAAACCUAGCAACAUUUCACAAAAGACUGUACCUGAACUCAGCAUUCAUAGUGCUGCCAUCGACUGUGGAUUUUUAUCAACCAAGCUGGCAACAAUUUUUUGGGCUCAUUGUGAAGCUAUAUGUGGGGGGGAGAGGGGGAGGGGUUGCAUUCACAAUUGCUGUAAAGGACCCCACAAAAUAGCUGAAUGAAAUGUUUGCUUUCUUAUCGCUUUGUUUGGGUUGUAAUUAAUCAAAUUGUCUGUUAAUGAACAUGUGAUGUAAGUGAUGAUUUUUACGUCCCUCAGCCUGGGGCGUUUUUUUUGCUUUUUUUCUUUUGAGGCUUUUGAAAGACUUUUUCUCUCUAAUUCCGUUAAAAUCCCACUUAACAGUACUAUUGGGAAUUAGGAAGAAACGGACUCAUCCCCCAUUUGAUUAUUCAGCAUCUGGUCUCUGAGGUGGCACGAGCAAUAACUGCAGCCUAACUAUAAUUACAAUCAGGGUCCAAAUAACUAUUUUCUGUUAGAAGCUAAUGAUCACAAACAAGGGGCGUUUAGCAUUGCUUGUUGAAUUUAAAAUACGCUCUUUGCUUAAGCUUUUUUUGUGAGCACUGCAGCUCCAGUGGACUACGAAGGACUUUUAAAAAGUGUAUGUUCUAUUUGAAAAUGUGAAGCUGUUGGAAUCCUCAUUUAUUUUGUUUUUUGUAAUGGACACUCAUUUUUAAACUCACAAUGCCAAUGUCAUAACUGGUUAAAUGUUACUGCUUACCAUAACGCUCCAUGACACUACAAAAUGUUACGAUUUAUCUUUAUGACAGUGUUUCACUGGUAUAUAUGUAUAUGCAUACUUAACUGUACAGUCAAGCCUUGACAGCGAGGGGAGGCUUAAACCACAUUUCAUUUUAGAUAUUGUGGCACUAUAAAGGAUUUAAUGUUGAAAAGGUCACUGUGUUCUCAGAAUGGACUGCUUUCACUUGUUGAUAGGUUUAUCGGGCUUGGAGUGUUUUGCCUCUCGUCCCUUACUGCAAAAGAUCUUGAUGCUUCUCAUCAUUGUACCUGCACCAAAAUGUUGCCCUGACUUUUUUUGUACUUUUAAGAUGCAUAUUUCAUUUUUUGUCAGAGGACCAGUGCUUUCUACAGCUGAUCCGGCAUUCUAUUUAUCCUACCUGAUCUUUAUCCUUUCAGAUAUUUGGUCAUUAUUCUCCCUUGUUAAAAAAGAAAAAGAAAAAAAGAGCUUAUUGAAAGAAAAGAAAUAAAGCAGUUGUGAUUUCUUAAAUGUACUGUUGAUUCUGUAUUCUCACUUUGUCAUAUUAAAAUCAUGCAUCAAA